AUGGCGGUGGAUGGCGCGGCCGCCGUAGCAAAGAUGUUGCGAAGCAAUCGCACUUUGCGCUUCCUGGAUUUGGGUCUUCUGAAAGCAACCUCUGCAUUGGGCGAGGUGCCCAAUCGCAUCACUGAUGAGGGCGCCAUGAUGCUCGCUGCAGCCCUAGAGGAGAACUCCACCUUGAAUGGGCUCGUGUUGGUGCACAACACCAUUCACCAAGCUGGCCUCAAAGCGAUUCAGACCUCCAUUAGCAAGAACACCUCACUGGUGAAGCUGGAACUGGAGCAGUUGGGAAUCGCCUACAAUGAGCUCACGCGUGAAGAGAUUCGACACACGCUCAACAAAAACCGCAGGAAGUUUCAGGAAACACCAGAGGAAUGGCAAAAGAUUCAGGAAGCGCUUGACCCAGCUCAUUUGGAGGAGAUCAAAUCCGUCUACCGUAUGGGCAACACCUAUUCACCGCAUGGUGAACCAGAGAUGGUUGACUGA